AUGCCGGUGGAUCUCAGCAAGCGGUCCGGGCCUUUGAGCCUGCAGGAAGUGGACGAGGGACCGCAGCACCCGCUGCAGGUCAGAUACGGCGGGACAGAGGUUGACAAGCUGGGCAAAGUGCUGACACCCACCCAGGUUAAGAACCGGCCCACCAGCAUUGCAUGGGAUGGCCUUGAUCCAGGUAAAUUGUAUGCCUUGGUCCUGACAGACCCGGAUGCUCCCAGCAGGAAGGACCCCAAAUACAGGGAAUGGCACCAUUUCCUGGUGGUCAACGUGAAGGGCAACGACAUCAGCAGUGGCACGGUCCUCUCCGAUUAUGUGAGCUCUGGGCCUCCCAAGGGCACAGGCCUUCACCGCUACAUCUGGCUGGUUUACGAGCAGGACAGGCCACUGAAGUGUGAUGAGCCCAUUCUCAGCAACCAAUCUGGAGACCACCGGGGCAAAUUCAAGGUGGAGAAUUUCCGCAAAAAGUACGUGCUCGGGGCUCCGGUGGCUGGCACGUGUUACCAGGCCGAAUGGGAUGACUAUGUGCCCAAACUCUAUGAGCAGCUGUCUGGGAAGUAGAGGAAAGCCAGGAGACGGACACGGUCCCAGAGUUCCCAAGCAGUGUUUCAGUUUAGUGAUGCAUGUAGAUUUCUCCCCUUCCCCCUGCCUGAGCCCUGAGCGGUCAGAUUUAGGUUUAGGGUGACUUUUCCUUCUGCCUGUCCUCCGUAAUUCUAGGGGGUUUA